AUGCGCAGAGUGAGGCAGGGAGGUGGCGGGUGCGGGCGCUCCGCGGCUGCCGCGCGUGCUGGCGGCUCGGUCCCGGCCCGUGCCCGCGGCCCCCGCGCCCCCGCUGCGGCCGGAGAGGCCUGGCUGCUGGAUCGGUGCGCAGCGAUGGCGCGGCAGCCCCGGCAGCGCCCGGCGUGGGAACCACUGCUCCUGCGGCUGCUGUUGGCGGGGAUUGCAGCCUGUGCCGCCAGCCCGGCGGACGACGGCGCGGGCCCGGGGGGCCGGGGACCCCGGGGCCGCGCACGAGGAGACGCAGGCGCCGAUGAAACGGUGCCGCGCCACGACUCCUCCUAUGGCACCUUCGCUGGCGAGUUCUAUGACCUGCGCUACCUGUCGGAGGAGGGCUACCCUUUCCCUACUGCGCCUCCUGUGGACCCAUUUGCCAGAAUCAAAGUGGAAGACUGUGGAAGAACUAAGGGAUGCUUUAGGUAUGGCAAGCCUGGCUGCAACGCAGAGACAUGUGACUACUUUCUUAGCUACCGGAUGAUAGGGGCUGAUGUGGAGUUUGAGCUCAGUGCAGACACAGAUGGUUGGGUAGCAGUUGGAUUCUCUUCAGACAAAAAAAUGGGUGGUGAUGAUGUCAUGGCCUGCGUCCAUGAUGGCAACGGCAGGGUCCGCAUACAGCACUUCUAUAAUGUGGGCCAGUGGGCAAAGGAGAUUCAGAGAAAUCCUGCCAGAGAUGAAGAAGGUGUUUUUGAGAACAAUCGUGUCACCUGCAGGUUUAAGCGCCCUGUGAAUGUUCCCAGGGACGAAACGAUUGUGGAUCUGCACUUGAGUUGGUAUUACUUGUUUGCUUGGGGCCCAGCCAUUCAGGGCUCCAUCACCCGGCAUGAUAUAGACUCUCCUCCAGCUUCAGAGCGCGUUGUCAGUAUCUACAAGUAUGAAGAUAUUUUCAUGCCAUCAGCUGCCUAUCAGACCUUCUCCUCUCCAUUCUGUUUGCUUCUCAUUGUGGCCCUGACCUUCUAUUUACUGAUGGGAACUCCUUAACCUUAGCUGCAAGGCUGAAGGGAACGGAAAGCUUUCAGUAUGUACGUUUCAAGAAUAUCCAGUAUAAUUCCUGCUUCUGCUAUUUAAAAAAAACAAGUCAUGAUUUCAACUUCUUUAGGGGAAAAAAGAAUGAGCUUCUCUUCUAGUCAAAGGGGAUUGUUAAGCAGUGAUCUACUUUUGAGAAGUCCUUGCAACUUUUGUAAACACUUUCAAAUAUGUUUUCUAUUUGAGCUUCACAAUAGCCAUGUGUUGGCUUGAUAAAACUGUGAUUGUCAUCAUACCAAGUGAGAUCUGAAACCACACAAAGGCUGCCUUUUGAUGACCCACAUGCCAGCCAACCUUGGCUGGUGUGAUCAGAUAACACAUAGCAGGGCAGAGAAAGAACUAGGCACAGAAACCAUGUCUCAGAACAGUCUUUACUCUGAGCAGUACCACACGAGAGAGUUACUGUAGACAGCACCAUAGGAUGUGACAAGAGUGCCAUCAGCCUCUUAGGGCAAAUUUCUGCAGAGCAUAAAUGCUUUUUUAUAAUCACAUGGUUGGUGGGGACUAUGGGACUGAUUACAAUGAUAUCCAAGUGGUUUGUAUUUAUUUGAAAUUUCUUCUCAUUUAGUGAUUAGCUAUGAGAAAACAUUUUUCUAUUGCUGUUAGGAAAGGCUAAAAAUAGAGCUAUGAGUGUUCUUGAAGAUAUGAAAUUAUUCUAAUGAUAAAUAUAGGGGAAUUCUUAGUUAGAAUUUGAACUCUUCUACGACUAUAUUCUAUAAAUUAAGGUAUUCAUCUGUGGCUACAGUCAAUGGUGUUGUUAAAGUCAGCAUACAUUAAAUAUAAUGAAUACAUGUAACAGAAAAAUCAUCUAAAUAAAAAUAAGACAUUUUAAUAAGAUACCAACAUUUGAAGAUUGUAGACAUUUGGAACAAAAAUGAGAAAAUGACCCCCAAUGGAAAUUCACCUAGCAUAUCAAUUAAAAAUUGUAAAUUGGCACUCAGCAUAAUUCCUAA